AGAGGGGAGGAGGAGGAGGAAGAGGAGGAGGUGGAGGAGGGGUGCUUUUUUUCCUGUUCAUCUCUGGCGGUAUCCGGAGCCGGUGGGCGGUGCAGACCACUGUAGAUGACAGCCUGCGGAUGCUGACCAAAGGAUGCGAUAGGUCUAGGGGGGCUACCAUCGGAGAUAGGUGUCAUAUUUUGUAUUUUUCUGCUACAGAGGAGUAUGACAAGAGCAGGCUUUCUUUGUCUGCAAACCCUCAGUGUAAGCCGAGGAGACAGACAACAAUAGAGUUUUAUUUUUUCAGGAAAACAAGUGGGAUUUACUCUGCAGGCUUUACAGUUUGAGGGUCCAGUGUGUUGAGAUGUUGCCUCUUUAUUAAGGACACAUGGACAAACAGAUUGUGUGCAGGCAUUAAGUCAUCUAUUAGUCGAUGGGAGACAAAGAGACAAAGCAGCAGCUGCUGAGGCUCGACACACACCGGUGACCUGCUCAAGAUCUGCUUAUGAGUGUUUAUGUGCUUACAGCCACAGAGAGGUGUCACUAUUGAUUUGCAGCUGAAGCCUUGCUUGGUGCAUCUGUUUUUUCAAGCCUGGGGAUCAUCAUCAGAGGCCUCUGUAAACAAACACAUCCACUGAUACUGACGUCUCCGCCGGCACAUGUUAAUUUCUCUGACGCUCUUCCUGUGGAGGCUCUACCGACAUUUCUCCAUCAUGUUCAGCUCAGACAGACUCACAGUGCCGGAUUAUGUCAGCCGACUGCAGAGAGGGAGGAGCGGCUCCAACUCCGGCUCCAGCUGCGACCCCAGAGCUGUGUCUCCGGGCGUCAGUGCCGACGUCCAGGCGGUUUUGGACGUCUCCCUCCCCGCCCUGCGCUCCGCCAUCAGGAGGCUGAAGUCAGGCAAGGAAACCUGCGAUUCAGAUGAAACCCGGAGGUCCAUCGCUGAGAUAUUUCAGCUGGUGGAGGAGGCCUGGGUUUUGCCCGCUGUAGGCCGUCAGGUGGCCGAGGAGAUCUGCAACAGGAUCCGGCUGGAUGGAGGCCUGGAGCUGCUGCUACAGCUCCAGCAGACCCCUGCUGUGGAGAUCACCUAUGAGUCUGCAAAACUGCUGGAGCAGAUCCUGACCUCAGACAACAGAGAUUAUUUAGCCCGUAUGGGCCUCGGGGUUAUCCUCAACCUGACUCGACAGCAGGAAGAUGCACAGCUGGCUCGCAGCGUCUCAGGCAUCCUGGAGCACAUGUUCAAACACUCCGAGGAGACGUCCGUCCACCUCAUCUCUAACGGGGCCCUGGAUGCCCUCCUGUACUGGUGCAGAGGUACAGAUCCCACCGUGCUACGCCACUGUGCUGUGGCACUGGCAAACUGUGCCAUGUACGGAGGCCACCGCUGCCAGCGAUGGAUGAUUGAGAAACAGGCAGCUGAGUGGCUUUUCCCACUGGCUUUUUCCAAAGAGGAUGAACUCAUUCGCUACCACGCAUGUCUGGCUGUGACUGUGUUAGCUGCAAACCGAGAAAUUGAGAAAGAGGUGGUGAAAUCUGGGACCUUGGAGCUGGUGGAGCCAUUCAUUGCAUCUCUGGAUCCGGAUGACUUUGCCCGCAGUUUACUGGACAGUGCAGACUGCAUGCAGGGUAAGACAGCCUCUGAUCUGCAGCAUCUUCUUCCAUUACUGGAUGGCACAAGACUGGAGGGAAAGUGCAUUGCAGCCUUUUAUUUUUGCGUUGAGACCAGCAUCAAAUCUCGUCAACGAAACACCAAGAUAUUUCAAGAGAUCGGAGCAGUGCAGAGCCUAAAAAGAAUCGUCAUGUACUCCAGCAAUGGCACAGCCUCUGCCCUCGCCAAGCGGGCACUGAGCAUGAUGGGAGAGGAAGUGCCGAAACGUAUCCCGUCAUGUGUGCCCAACUGGAAAACGUGUGAAGUGCAGACCUGGCUGCAGCAGGUUGGCUUUAGUGCCUAUUGUGACCGUUUCCAGGAGCUCCAGGUAGAUGGAGACCUCCUGCUGAACAUCACAGACCAGGAUCUGAUCGCUGAUCUGGGCAUGAUUGCAGGCCUCACUCGCAAGAGGUUUUUAAGAGACUUACGUGUGUUGAAGACUUAUGCCAACUACUCCACAUGUGACCCAAACAAUAUGGCUGACUGGUUGGUUGAAGUGGACCCCCGUUUACGUCAGUACACCUACGGCAUGGUCCAGUCGGGAGUGGAUCGCAACAAUGUCCAGAGCCUGACCGAUCAGCAGCUCCAGCUUGACUGCCACAUAGGCAAUGGAGUCCACAGAGCCAAGAUACUGUCUUCUAGCCGCAGGCCGUUUAAACCGUGCCACACAGACGCCCAACCUGCAGGGCCUGACGUGUUUAUCAGCUACCGACGGACUACCGGCUCCCAGCUGGCCAGCCUUUUGAAGGUGCACCUGCAGGUUAGAGGGUACAGCGUCUUCAUAGAUGUGGAGAAGCUGGAGGCCGGUAAAUUCGAGGACAAACUGAUCCAGAGUGUACAGAGGGCACGCAACUUUAUCCUGGUCCUGUCUUCAAAUGCGCUCGACAAGUGCAUGGGUGACACUGCCAUGAAGGAUUGGGUGCACAAGGAGAUCGUCACAGCCUUGGCUGGAAAGAAGAACAUAGUUCCUGUCACAGAUAAUUUUAUGUGGCCUGACCCCAUGUCUCUGCCGGAGGACAUGAGAGCUAUUCUCAACUUCAAUGGCAUCAAAUGGUCUCAUGAAUAUCAGGAGGCCUCGAUCGAGAAGAUCCUCCGCUUUCUGAAAGGACAACAAGACCAAAUCGACGGCUCAGGCACUUCCAAAGGCCAGAAAAAGAAAGAAUAAGAUAAUAAACGACAUAAAGUUUCUCAGCUACAAUAACUUCCAAUGAUGCCAAAUUCCACACGGCCUACGGUGAACCGGCUGGCAGCUUCCCCCUGCACUGCCAAAAUGCAUGAGAAGUGAAUUUGAAUAUAUUUAGAUUACAUGCUCAAACAAAGACCUAAUAUACGAAUGAUGAAUUGAAUUUAUUAAAAGGGAUUUCAGAUUGUAUGGAAUAAAGUGUAAGCCUUUAAACGAUAGUAGCCUCACACUGCAGGUACAGCAUACGCCUUCUGUCUCUCAGGAAAAUAACUGUGAUACAUCAGCCGUCAUUGAGACCCAGCAACAUCAUUAAUAGCAAUCUCUGAGGCACCCACUAACACGACGGUCUAUAUAAAAGUUAUAUGCAAUCAUUUCUUGUUUAACUCAUAUAUUACUCAGAGGAGCAAAAUAGGUAUCUGAUUUUAUUAACAUUUGUUUUUAUGGUAGGGUUGCAAGAGAAAAGAAUCCUAGCAGAUGCGUUGAUUGCGGGUAUAAUCUAAACUGAAGGCAUGACGUAUUAUAUAGAAACAAAUGAGCUACAUUCUGUAUAACUGCACCCCCAAUUAACCAAAUAACAGCUUUAAGGAGUGUAAAGGCAGCAAAAAACAUACCCAUGUAGUAUUAAACACGUCCUACCUUCUGUAAAAGUGAUGCACAUUAACUUAAAGGACUUGAAAUGCACCGUCAAGUCCUUGAAAAUGGAAAUGAUCCUAUCUGUGUUACGGAGUGUCUUGUAGACCUCCGUUACAACAUAAUGUAAUACUUUGACUGUCUCAUUCAGCACACUGACUAUUGUUGGCUUUCCAAUUAAAUUGUCAUCCUUGUUCCCUCGGUAUGUUUGACUUAGUGUGUUUAAAAGAAGCAGUCAGGUAACAACAGAAAUCCAGCAACAUGACACACAGUAGCAAAUCCCUUCUAUGUAAUCAAGAAUGAAGAUUAAUUAAAGAAGCUUUGAUGAGGCUGAAACAAAUAUGUGAAGUUUGUUAAAUCCUCAAGCAGUCAUUAAGAUAUAUUGGUCGCAUAUUGUUGUUAUGAAAUUAUAUUAUUAUAGCCUGAAUGCAACAACUGUUCCCCAGGGCUUUUAUCUGAUCUUGCCUUAAUAUUGUUUGCCUCCAGCGUCCACCUGAUAUCAUUUUAUUAAAUGUGCUCUGUGUAAAACACAUUAACCUCCCCCCAAGUAGUAAAACAGGAUUUAAUUUCUCAUCAUCGUGUUUAUUAAUGUUCUCAGUGUGCAACAAACAAUUUGUUCUUUUCAUUUGAAACAUGAUAAAAAAAAUAAAAUGUGUUGUAAAUAA